AUGGCGCGGUGGAGAGCGCUCCAGCAUGGACGAUCAACGGCUUGCCUUGUGUUCUUCUGCUUACUGCAAGUGGCGAGGGCAACGCCCGGUCCAUGUGAAGUGGAAACGGGCCAAUCUAGCAUUAUAGUUGAUAUAGAAGAAAGUAGAGGAGAUCAGGUGAACCAAAGCACAGUGCCGGCUGAUCUGCCAAUAGUCGGCGAACCAGGUGUGGACGUGGUGUUGUCCACGGUAUUUCCCAAGGGCCCCACGCUCUUCCAGCUCGAUGGAAAGAGGUUGCAGCUGUUGCAACCUCUAGAUAGGGAUGCUGAUAAUUUGUCGCAUAUGGUAUUCCAGCUGGUCUGUCAAGUGAAAGCGACGAAGAAGAGACGGACUAUACCGGUGAUAGUGAGAGUAUCGGACAUCAAUGACAAUGGGCCGGUAUUCCAAGGGACGCCAUAUGAAACUACUGUUUCUGAGCUGGUACCAAUCGGGACAACAAUAUUCGACGGGAUCAAAGCCGUAGACCUCGAUGCUGGCGUCAAUGGUCUAUCAGAAUACUUUAUAAUACCAGGAGAUAAUAAAACAUUAGAGGCGGCGAAUGCAGUAGAUGGGUAUGGGAGCUUCGCGAUACCUUUGCCUCAUCAGGGGCAGGUCACAGUCAAUAGAAGCUUGGAUUACGAGCGCACGCAGAAGUAUCUAGUCACUAUCCUUGCUUCUGAUCGUGCCCGUGAUACAAAGAAACGUCUGUCCAGCACUACUACGUUAACCGUGGUCGUACAAGAUGAUGAUGACCAGGACCCAUCCUUUAUAUACAAGGGCUGCACGCUGCAUGAAGGAGCUUGCUUUAACCCGGAGUAUACUAGCUAUGUAAACAGCGGAGUUUUAGCAGGCAUCCUAACCAUAGAGCCAGAGAAGAUACAAGCAGUAGACAUGGACACGUUGGACGCAAGGAUCAAAUACACCAUCGACAGUGGGGAACCAGACUCCUGGAAUACUUACUUCGCUAUAGAUCCCAACACUGGCGCUGUAAGGCAACUAGUUGCUGUUGACACUUCUAUUGCUAAGAAGUUCCAGCUAGUUAUUAAGGCCGAAGAAGUGACAGAAGCGCGCCGCUUCACAACAGCGAAGCUCACGAUCACAGUGCGACCGGUAGACGCCAGUCCACCAGUUGUUGAAGUGUCCUCUGAUGAAGGGAAAGUGGAAGAAAACUCACCCAAAGGCACCAAAGUAUUAGACAAUGAUGGAAAACCGAUUAGAUUAACUGUUUCGGAUCCUGAUUUGGGACCCGGAGAUCCAGUUCCAAAAUACACAUUUGAAUUGACAACAAACUUUUUCGAUAUCGACAAAGAUGGAUAUUUAGUUGUCAGUGAUGAGAAACUCGACCGAGACCCACCCAACCCAGGCAAAUUUAGAUUCCAGGUUGUCGCCCGGGAAGCGAAUGGUGGCGCAGCGUCAGCUCCGACUUCGUUAGCGGUACAAUUGUUAGACCAGAAUGAUAACGCGCCCGUGAUACCGAAGACCCAACCGAUCAUUGUACCCGCUAGCUUGGAACCUACUGAAGUGCAUACGGUGGAGGCGAUAGACAUCGAUGAGGGUGAGAACGCACGCAUAACGUACAGCAUAUAUCACGUGUCUAACAAUGGAGGCAACAAGUUCACUAUACACCCUAACACCGGAGUUAUAUCCAGCACAGGUCGUUUACAAGCAGGUGAACAGUACAGUGUAACUGUACGUGCGACUGACGCAAAGGGUCUCAGUUCUCAAGGGAUUGUAGAACUGUCUGUGGCUCCAGGCCCCAAUACAAGGCCACCGCAGUUCUCGUCGCGGGAUUACUAUGCCCCCGUCUCUGAAGGCGCUGCUAUAAAUUCUACUGUUACAACUGUUACUGCCAAAGACCCAGAAAACGAGCCAGUGACGUACUCCAUAGCAUCGGGCAAUGACCUCCGGCAGUUUGCUAUUGGUUCAACGACAGGCAUCAUCACAGUCAUCAGAAGCCUGGACAGAGAAGUGCUGACUAGAUAUCAAUUGAUGGUAAGAGCAGAAGAUCCAGGCAGGCUAUCGAGUACAGCGACUGUAAACAUCAAGGUCACUGACAUCAACGACAACAACCCAAAGUUCGACGAGGAUUCCUACUUGUUCCACGUUAAAGAAGGUGCCGCCAACGAGUUCGUCGGUUACGUUCACGCGACCGAUAUAGAUGAAGGAGUAAACGCCAUGGUCAGUUACAGCAUACCAACUCAUCUGCCGUUCAGCAUCGACAAUGGAACUGGAAUGAUCAGUACUAAAACUGAACUAGAUUAUGAAACUACUAAGGAAUACGCUUUCGUAGUAACAGCAACAGACGGAGCGAUAGACAAGCGUCUUGGGACCGCAUCAGUGACGGUACAAGUGACAGAUGUACCUGAUGAGCCACCAGUUUUCAACAAACUACUAUACUCAGUACAUGUACCCGAAAAUGCUGCUAAUUACCCCGUUGUUAAGGUUGAGGCUGAAGAUCCAGACACAAUAUCAGAAAUAACAUACACAAUUCUAAUGGGAGAUAAUGAACUAUUUACAAUAGACCGUAAAUCUGGUAUGAUAAGGACUGCUAAACCUUUGGAUAGGGAGAUAACUGCCAGGCAUCAGCUCAUAGUGGGCACUGAAGAAAAUAACGAGGAACAUCCCGGUUCUACAACUACUGUUGAAAUUUUGGUUGAUGAUAAAAACGACAACGCCCCAAUAUUUACCUCAGUAGUCCGUCCAGUUACCAUCGAAGACUCUGCAUCAAUCGGCAGUCUAGUUCAGACAGUAGUGGCAAUGGACGGUGACGCUACUCCACCAAACAAUAGAAUCCGGUACAAACUGGUUGGAAGGGGCAAAGCUUCCAUUUACUUCCACGUCGAACCUGAUACUGGCGCCGUGAGGGUUCGAGAUGAUCUGAGGAAGGAGGCUGAUAGUGAAUAUACUGUGGACGUGCAAGCAUACGAUCAAGGUGAUCCGGUGAUGUCUUCAGUUUCUAGUCUAACAGUCUACGUUAGCCAUUCAGCUACCGUUCCACCAGAUGUCGGCCUCGGUUUCGCAGACACAGUGUACACGGAACACGUCGCAGAGAAUUCCCCAAACGGCACACUAGUCAGGAUCCUUCCUCUGCUGAACAAACGGGAACAUUCUCCCGACACACCGCUCAAGUGUCGACUCACGGAGUCGUCGCAGAAAGGAGUAUUCUACGUAAAACUAACAGAAGAACGAGACUGCGCAAUCUACCUCAACACAAGUUCCUUAGACUUUGAGACUCUUGCAGAGUAUUCUUUGGAAGUCCAACUAGAAUCUAUACAGGGUCUAAUAAACCCAGAGAAUAGUAAGGCAACGAUUAAAGUCCAUAUAACCGAUGCGAAUGACAACGAACCCGUAUUUGUAUUCCCUGAACAAAGUACUAUAGCUACGGCGAAAGGAAAGUACUAUGCUAUUGUGAACAAGGAUAUGUUGCUUGGUACCCGGUUUUUGCAAGUCAAGGCAAAAGACAAAGACAGUGGCGAUUUCGGCAAAAUAGUAUACCACAAGAACUCCUGGACUAAAGCUGCAGAAGAGUACUUCAGUUUGGACGAGGAUACUGGCGAAAUAAGCAAUAUAAAGACGUUCGAGAAUGUUCCUAAAGAUGUACUGCCAUUCAAGUUCAGUGUGACGGCACGCGACAACCCUAAUUCUGCACAGGAUUAUAAAAUUGCUCGAGUUUCUGUCGUGAUUAACCUUUUACAACCAGAUAAUCAACUAGUAGUUGAAGUUGCGGACCAGAAUGCUGAAGCUAUGCGUCGCAAAUCUCGAAGCUUGCUCACUGCUAUCGAAGAGAAGACUGGAUUAGUCGCGGGAUUAGAGAAACUGACUGCCAGACAUUAUUUAGGAGAGAAUGGAACUCUUGAGAGUGAUCCGAAGGGAACUGAUGUUUGGUUGUACCUUUUGGAUCCUGUCUCUGGAGAGAUUUUGAGCAGAGAUUCUAAGCCGGUGAAGAAAGCUGUAGACGAAGGCAUGCACAAGGCAGUAGCGAGCAGCCUGCAGUCGCAGGUGUCCCCGGCGCGCGGCCCGCUGGCGCCGUCGGAGGCGCCGCGCCGCCCGCAGGUGGCCGCCGCGCCGCUCGCCACCGCGCUGCCCGCCGCGCUCAUCGCACUCGCCGCCGUCGUACUCGUCGCUGCUAUCGCCGCUACCAUCUAUAUUUGUGCCUCUUGGAAUAGAUACAAAAAGCACAAAGAACAGGCGAUACAGCAAUACGGCACGCUAAGUAUGAGCAUGCCAACACCGCGGCCAGCGUCGGGCUACGAGUCCAGCGAGGACGAGCCGGCGCCGCGGUAUGAGACACAGGUUUUAAACAUGGCGGUUGAUGAUGCUGACUUGCAGUUAGACUUCAGUCCAAACAACCACGCAUUCAACAUACACAGUGUGCAAUAUAUGUCCAAAGAAAACGGUGAACGUAGUCCAACGCUCUCGGAGACAGCGACGACGGCGCGCGCAUCCAGUGUCAACGAAAAUGGAGGAACUCUGAACAACAUGCACAGUAGUCAGGUGUUCGAGCCAAUAGCCAACAACUCGGCACUAAGUCGUAAUACGCAAACGUUAAACCGUCGCGCGGUGGGCGGCCCGCACCCGCUCAACAACGCGCUCGGCACCCUGCCGCGCGUCAACAACAACCACGCGCCCGCCGGCCUACUGGCCACCACGCUCGGACGGAAGAUCAACGGUGGGAACAACCAUAAGAAGAAAGCUACUCAACCUAUCAUGGCGUACGAUGAGAUACCUGGGUUACAAAGGGCAUCAGACAACGAUAAUGUAACGUUCGGUAAGAGGAAUUUUACCGGCUACAACUACGACCAGUCGCCAGUGGAAACUACCACGGAAUUAUAA